UCCAAUAUGGCGUCGGGAAGAAGUUCCAAGUUCGACAAAGUUCUUGUCAUUGUGGGCGCAAUUGUAAGCAUAAACGUGGUUUCAAUAAUAGGAACCUACUUCUUGGACGUAAAUGAGAAAACGAAGUAUAAACUUAUCCUGAUUCAAUGCUUGCUUGCAACACAGUCGCUCAUGUUUUUCACAGCAAGAUAUUUAUGGUUACGUCUGUGCUCUCCACUUUUCAACUCUGCUUCCGUUCUAAACAGAAUUCUUUUCCUUCUUUUGAUGGUGGUUAUCAUCCUAGCCCAAGGAAGUAUUAUGCUGGGGACAAUAUUUUCUGGCAUUGAGCCGCAUUGGAUUUCUUUGUUGUCUUACAUAUGUUUAGGAUUAUUUAUACUGUUGACAACGGCGACUUUGCUUGCUGAUUUCGUGACGUGUCUGUUUGGAGCGAUUAACACGCGCUCUGGUUCUCUCGCAUCAAAGUCACGCUAUGCAAGAUUUCACGUUAUCGGUAUCAUCAUAAUUUCAUUUAUGUUGGCGCUGGUAGCACUACAUAAUGGUCUUAAAGAACCGCUGGUGAAGAACAUUAAACUACCUGUUAAAAAUCUCCCUCCAGAAUUAAACGGAUUCACGAUUGUUCAUCUUCCUGACUUGCAUGUUGGGCCCACCGUAGGGAAGACCAUGCUGGAAAAAGUAGUUCGAACUACAAAUCAAUUAAAUCCAGAUGUCAUCGCCCUAACAGGAGAUCUGGUUGAUUCAACUGUGUAUCAGAUUCGACAGGCAGUUAAACCAUUGCUUAAGUUGAAAGCAAGAUAUGGUGUUUAUUUUGUGACAGGAAACCAUGAGUACUAUACUGGCGAUGUUGAUGGUUGGCUUAAAGAGCUGGAAUAUCUUGGUGUAACACCUUUGCACAACUCUCAUGUUAUGUUGACACAUCCAGAAAAAUCCCAUGCUAAAAUUUGCCUAGUUGGUGUAGAUGACAUAGAAGGUGGAUUUCUAAGAUCAGGAGAUCAUGGAAGUGACUUAACCAAAGCAAUGAAAGGAGUUGAUAGCAACAUUCCUACAGUUCUCCUUGCUCACAGACCUAAAGUAGCAAAGCUUUCCUUGGAUAAUUACAGUGUUGAUGUUGUGCUCACUGGCCAUACACAUGGAGGACAGCUAUUCCCAAUACAUCUGUGGCACUUGAUUAGGGAACCAUACUUUGCAGGAUUAUACCAACACAAGUCUGGAUCCUAUGUCUAUGUUUCAAGUGGGGUACAUUUCUGGGGCAUGCCAAUGAGGUUAUGGUCACAGGCAGAAAUAACUCAUGUCACUUUAAUUACUACCAGUUAAAUAUUUGCGUUGUCUCUGUUCAGGUAUCUUAAGAAGAUUUUUCUAAAUUUUUCCAAUAAUCCACAUUCUAAAUAAAAGAUAUUCAUAUA